AUGUCAUUUCCAUAUGUUGAUGCAAGGGAUGAGUUAUUUGUGUUUGCUAAGCAAGUUAAUGAGUUCGUGAAUGAUGAGGAUAUCAAUGAUUUUCCUUUAGAGUACAAGGUGGAGCUUCCUAUAGACUUAGUAUCGGGUAUUAGUCAUGUAUUGAUGGCUCCUUAUAGAAUGUUUUCUUCUGAGUUGAGUGAGCUGAAGAAAAAGUUAGAGGAGUUGCUUGAGAAAAAGUUUGUUCGACCGAGGGUUUCGUCGGGGGGUGUGUCGGUGUUGUUAGAUAAGAAGAAAUAUGGUAGCAUGAGAUUUGAGAUGUUUGGUGAUUAUAAGAGUUUGAAGUACUUAUUCGAUUAUAACGAGUUGAAUAUGAGACAUAUGAGGUGGCUAGAGUUUCUGAAGGAUUAUGAUUUUUGCUUGAGUUACCAUCCUGGUAAAGCCAAUGUUGCAGUUGAUGCAUUGAGUAGGAAGUCGUAA